GCGGCCACGGAUUAUUAUGAGGCCUGCACUGGAAAUGCGUGCUGGCCGCUGGAUCCCAGCCUGGUGGCCCGAAGCGGGCUCAGGCUCGGUCUGUGACCUCCAGCCGUGGCACUUGAGACCACAGAGCUUCCUCAGACUUGCAGGCGGAGCUCCAGGGAGGCGGAGGGGAAAUCUCACUCUAGUGCCGUCUCUCCCCACUGCAGCCCGGAGGGGGCGGAGGCAGGCAGCCAUGACAGUCUCCUACACGCUGAAGGUGGCCAAUGCCCAGUUCGGAGGCUUCUCCAAGCUGCUCUUCAGGUGGAAGGGGAGCAUCUACAAACUGCUGUACAAGGAGUUCAUUGUCUUUGUCAUGCUGUACACGAUGCUGAGCAUCACUUACCGGCGGCUGCUGACUGAAGAGCAGAAGCGUGUCUAUGUGAAAGUGGCUCAGUACUGCAACCGCUCCACGGACCUCAUCCCCAUGUCCUUUGUCCUGGGUUUUUACGUCACGCUGAUCGUGAACAGGUGGUGGGCCCAGUACACCAGCAUCCCGCUGCCUGACCAGCUGAUGUGCGUCAUCUCCAGCACCGUCCACGGGAAGGAUGAAAAGGGGAGGAUCCUGCGGCGCUCGCUCAUCCGUUACGCCAACUUGUCCUCCGUGCUCAUCCUGCGCUCUGUCAGCACCAGGGUGCUCAAGAGGUUUCCAACCAUGGACCAUUUGGUAGAUGCAGGCUUCAUGACACAGGAAGAGCGCAAGAAGUUUGAGAGCCUCCACUCGGACUUUAACAAGUACUGGAUCCCCUGCGUGUGGUUCACCAACCUGGCUGCCCAGGCGAGGCGAGAUGGGCGGGUCAGGGACGACGUGGCCCUCCGCUUACUUAUAGAUGAACUGAAUCUGUACCGUGCCAAAUGCAGCAUGCUGUUCCAUUACGACUGGAUCAGCAUCCCACUGGUGUACACACAGGUAGUCACAAUCGCUGUCUAUUCCUUCUUCGCCUUCUGUGUGAUCGGGCGGCAGUUUCUGGAGCCCCUGGACCCAGAGCAGGAUCAGGACCGGGAUCUGGAUCUGUACGUCCCUCUGACCACCCUCCUGCAGUUCUUCUUCUAUGCUGGCUGGCUGAAGGUAGCAGAACAGAUCAUUAACCCAUUUGGAGAGGACGACGAUGACUUUGAAACUAACAAGCUGAUCGACAGGAACUUGCAGGUGUCACUGCUCUCCGUGGAUGACAUGUACCAGAACCUGCCUCCAACAGGGAAGGACAAAUACUGGAAUGAAUCCACAGCUCAGCCGCCUUACACCAUCGCCACGGCCGCAGAGACCUUGAAGCCCUCCUUCCUGGGCUCCACCUUCGAUAUGCGGAUGAGCGACGACCCGGAGCAGAGCCAGCCAGUGGAGCCCUCACCCAGCCUGCCCCGCAUGCACACGCCCUUGCUCAACCGCUUCCUGACCGCGGCCGCCUCCCCUGCUGUCAGCCUGAAGAAUUUCGGGAGGAGCAACCGGGCCCACCACCACCUUUUGCGCCUGAGGGGCGAGGGCAGCUUCCCCUCCCCCAACCCCCGCCACAGCGAGGACCCCGAAUCGGUGGGCCGCAUUGAUGAGGAAGAGACAGAAGAUGAGGCCAGCGAGCCCCCCACACCCGGCACCCGCCUCAAGGUACCCAGCCAGCUGGAAGCCUCACGGGGGCCGCAGAGGGAGAACCCCCAGAUCCAAGUGAGGCAGCCCUCCAACGAGAGCAUCGACAUCGACCAGUCAGCUGCCUAGAGGCAGCGAGCUCAGUGUGCCUUGUCACUCCACUCUCGGUGCGAGCUGUGUCCCCGGUGUCUGCCCUCUAGGCCUGGCAGCUCGUGACAGCACCACCAGCUAAGGGCCUGAUCCAAAACCCA